AUGCCUUUCAAACAGUUCAAGCGCAACCGCGACAAAGCGAGCGUCUUCUUGGGACGAAUGAGGAAUGGUGUCUCCAAUCAUGAUAUUUUGGCCGAAGCCCUAGGCAAGGAGAGUAAGGGCUUUUCAGAUCAUGUCUAUGAAUUGCCCAAAGAUCAGAUGAUCAAAUCCAGCCUGCCCGAUGUCGCCAAAUACAAACUACAACCCCAUGAAUCCUUCAACAAGGCCAACCCAAAUGCCGAUUAUUCGGACCAUUCCAAUGUCUAUCUCGUCGGACGACCCAACAGAUGA